AUGUCAUACAGAUAUCACGACGAUUCCGAUGAUGAUGAACUAAAUCGGUAUGAACGAGACCCAGGACGAGAAGUCGUCGAAAGGAACACGCGCAAUCAUUUGCAGCGUAUUGCUGAUCAUACCAAAGAUGAAUUAAGCAAAGUUUUAAAGCGUGUCGAUACUACAUUGAAUAACUACGAAUACUCAGUACAAUCGGCUCUGAAUCAACACGGCGCCGCACAAGGAAACAAAUCCAGUGUCGAACAUCUUGCGGACAUCAGUGAAUUAGAGAGUCUAUUGAAUGAUAGUAUAGCCAAGCAAAAAUAUAAACAACGUUUAACAGUUUUUAUCGUCGGACAAACAGAACUAGCUACGGAAAAAGCCAGUCUUCUUCAGCAAAUCGAACAAUUUUUCAGCGAGCAAAAACAGAGUUUUAGUGGAAGUGAAUUCAAUACAUAUGACGUUAAAAACGAAACACAAGAUGAAGUUGACUUAGCUCUUCGAUCGUUCGAUGUCAAAGAUUGCUUUCAGCAUGUUAAACAAUUAGGAAAUCGAUUAAAUGAACUAAACGAUGAUAUCGUCACUUACCUAAUCCAAAACGCUGCAGCGAAACAUCAAGCCAAAGGUAAAAAGAAACUAGCACAAGCGACAAAGGAGACCAAAGAUCAGCUAUCUGCAUUACAACAGAAACUAGAAUCAAUCAACAAUGAAAUGAUCAAUAAGGACAGCAAGAUCGAAGCACUGGAGAAAGCUAACGAAACAUUACAACGUGAUUUGAAAUCCAAAACUGACUAUCUUAAACAACUACAAGAAGAAACUGUUCAACACAACUUAGAAAUCAAAGCACGAAAUAAAAAUAUCACAGAAUUAGAAGUAACAGUUCAACAACUGCAACAACAAAUUGAAGAUUUGAACAAUACUAUAGCAACUAUGCAACAAGCUCCACCACCAGAACCUGUAAUUAUCAAAGAACCACCUGUACCAAAAACAGAUAAUGCAUCACAAACCGACGAAGAAACAUCUCCAAUCACAGUUGAAAGACAAAUACAAACACUUCCACAACCGGUUGAAACUCCUGCUCGCGGUCAGCCGAUACCUGUCGAUGCAGAUCUUCCAGACUUGAAUGUAUUCUUCAAUGUACCCGAUGGAAUCGAUUUGAACAAUGUUCUAACUGACAACGCAACGGACGCAUUCGUUAAUUUACGGAAAUUUGCUGUGAUUCGUGUCAAUAGUUUAUUGCAAGAGCAAUUGGAAUUGCAAAAACUAAAAAACGACGAAGAAUUGGAAAAUUUAAAACAAGAAUUUGAAGAUUAUAGAGUAGCACAAGAGAAAGAAUACGAGGCGUUAAUGGAAAAAGCGGAACACGCGCAUGAUCUACAAAUGAAAGCUGAAAAGGCAUUGAGUCAUUUAGAAUCUCUACUAGCUGAACAAGAGCAAGUGAAACAUGUUUUGAUUCAUCAGCAAAGUCAAACUGACGUCGAGGAAAACCUUCAUGAAAUUCUCUCCACGCCCGAAAAUUCCAUUCCUAUCAUUGAAGUAUCUAAUGAACAAACAGAUUCCGAGAAUGAUAACAGCGAUGACGAAUCUGAUAAAGAAGAACGUUCACCAUCACGAGAAAAGUAUGUGUCCUUUAUCGAAGAACGAAAAAAUCAACUUGGACAUCGAACUCAUCAACCAGAACCUUCUCCAUCGCGCAGAACAUCAUUACGAGAAGGAGGACCAUUUCUAUCACUCGACACGAACAGUGGUUCACUCCGGCACCGACUAUCCAAUGCAUCGUAUGGUAAAAUUAGUCGUCAAGGAACUCUCCUAGAAGUUGAACCAACCAUUCGAUAUGAUAAUGAACAGCAAACAUCUGCUGUUACUUCCCGACGUUCUUCAAGACGAAUUCCAACGCUUGCAUCGCAAAUGAUUCAAGCGGACGAGGGUAAACUUCCCUUUUAUCAUCUCUAUGAGCUAAUCUACAGAUUUCGCCAAUGGAUUAUUGGUUUACUUGAACAAAACAACUUUCUCACUCUUGCCGAUCGUCUUCUGAUGAUUAAACCGUUGACAUCCGAUGAUCAUUAUUCACCCGAAACGUUUCUUGAUAAUGCUGAACGUUCUCUGAAAGAUACAAGAAGAGUUCUACAAUCCUGUUUAUCACUUCUCAUCUCGUCGAUUCAAGAAUACGAAAUGAAAGAGAAGGAAAAUCUAAAAGAGUUAUCGACACAACCUACACGAGAGCCUUCGAUGAUUGAUGAGCAACAACAAUUACUUCUCGAACAAAAAGAGGCAAUGAUUAUUGAUCUUUCAACGAAAUAUGAACAAUUGACGAAUGCUUUUCAUGAAAUGAAUACGAAACGCGAAGAAGAAAUCAGUCAAAAUGAACGGUUUAUAGUUGAUCAACAGAAAUUGAUUCAAAAUCUUCAACAACAAGUGAUUCGUCUGCAAAAACGUCUUUCAAAAAUCGAAGCUGAAGGAAUCGUUGAGCCAGGCAUCAUGUUCACCCGUCUUGACGCACAACGAAAUGAACAAACACUUCAACAGGCACUUCAUAAAGGCAAAGUUCUCGAAACAACUUACAAUGAGUUAAAUGAAGCCAUGGAAGACUAUGUCAAUUUACCAUCACAACAAUUAGCCAAUCUUGUUAAACGAUAUAUGCAUUUUCGUCGAGCGAAUGAAAUCGAAGAUCGUAUUCAAAACGAAGUUACAGAUGGUAAUACGAGAGAUGUGCUGGAGAAAAUGGAAUUAUUAUACGAACGGCGUUCGGAUGAAAUUAGAAGACAAAUAUCAAAUGCGAGACAGCAACGUUCGCAUUUAGCACAGAUUUUAACUGAGAAAUUCGAUGAUCUUGAAGAUGAAAACAGUAUUUUUCUCAUACGGCCAGUUUAUUCCUAUCAAGGACGAGCUGCUGUUCAGUCGUACAUGAAACAAGAAAAACGUCGACAUGAAGCUGUAUCAAACGACAAUCCGAUGAAAACAACUCAUCAUCCUACUCGACAAUCACAACAUCCAAAUAAACAACACGAACAAAAUCAAUACACACGAACGCCGAUGUCUUCCUAUCGAGUCUCGGACGAAGAAGAACGAUUUUUCAAUAUCAACCAGAGUGUUGCUCCGCAGCGUACAUCGCCAACUCGACAGCAAAAUGAUUCGAGUGAAGCCCAACAAUUCACCGUACAAUUAGCUGAUCUACCCCGUCUACAGGAGUAUGAUAUUCAAAGAACUUUAAUGCCAAUGUCACAUGUUAGCACACAACUUCUCUCCGCGUAUACAAACGACUCGAUCGAUCCGUGUGUGCCUUCGUUGAAUUUGCGUUCGUACUUAGCUCUAUCCAGACCUUGUGUUGGAAAUAUUCGAUCUGGCAAAGCGAAUGAAGUCAUUCAUACCGUUUCACGUGAAGCGCAUUCCAGUGUAUCAGGUAAGCGACUAGUAACAGAUGCUCGUACACCGGUCAACUCAGUGAGCGGAGAUCUAAGACGAAGCAGUCCACAGUUACCGCCGAUCAAACGAACAUUACCAUCAAGCAUAUCAAAUGAAAUUCCUUCAACAACGUGA